GGGCAAUCUAGCCCUUGAACCGGCAGCACAGAGGCCUUCGGGAAACCGGAAGUUAAGGUUAUACCCAGUUUCCCCCCCUCCACCCCAUCCAUUUCCAAAGAUUUUCCCGCCUUGGCUUCUUAGCUAGCUAUGGAACUUCCUGCGCCCAGCACCUCAAGCAUCGAGACAAGGCUGUGAAAAAAUGGAGAUUUACCACAUAGACUGACUGGAGCUACAUUGCUGCCUCUAUAGGGAGCCUGGAGUCCCAGGGAUGGCCUUUGAGAGGGACAGACUCCCAGCCCAGGAGGAGUUGACGUUCAAGGAUGUGGCUGUGGACUUCACCCGGGAGGAAUGGCACCUCUUGUCCCCUUCUCAGAAGAAGCUCUACAAGGAGGUGAUGCUGGAGAAUGCCAGGAACCUGCUCUCAGUGGGGCUUCUAGCUCCCCCAGAAGUCCUGCUCUCUUCUUUGGAGCAGAGGAAUGCCCCAUGGAUGUUGGAGCAAGAAGGUCUGAGGAACUGCUGCCUAGAAGGAGCAAUCAGACCUGCAAUGAAGGUGAAUCCAACAGAGAUGAACCCUUCUAUGGAGGAAAUGGACCUACAAAGAUUCAUGAGUGAUGGUCCCAAUAACUUUGCUUUCAAAGAAUUCUGUGUUGCACCUCAACAUUCAUCUUAUAUUGAACAUCAAAGAACACACAGUGAGGAAACAUUUAGUGAAAGUAAUCAGUCCCAAAAGAUUUUUAUGCACAGGGCCAACAUUGCUGGACAUCAGAAUAUCCACACUGGGGAGAAACCUUAUGAAUGCAAGCUGUGUGGAAAGACAUUCAGUCAGAGCUCCAGUCUUGCUUACCAUCAAAGAAUCCACACUGGGAAAAAACCUUAUGAAUGUAAGCAGUGUGGCAAGACAUUCGGUAUGAGCUCCAGUCUUGCUGUACAUCAGAGAGUCCACACUGGGGAGAAACCUUAUGAAUGCAACCAAUGUGGGAAGACGUUCAGUCGGAGGGACAAUCUUGCUGUACAUCAGAGAAUCCAUACUGGGGAGAAACCUUAUGAAUGCAAGCAAUGUGGAAAGACAUUCAGUCAGAGCUCCAGUCUUGCUUACCAUCAGAGAAUCCACACUGGGAAAAAACCUUAUGAAUGUAAGCAGUGUGGCAAGACAUUUGGUCUGAGCUCCAGUCUUGCUGUACAUCAGAGAAUCCACACUGGUGAGAAACCUUAUGAAUGCAAGCAGUGUGGAAAGACCUUCAGUAUGAGUUCCUAUCUUGCUGUACAUCAGAGGACGCACACUGGUGAGAAACCUCAUGGAUGCAACCAAUGUGGAAAGACAUUCAGUCGGAGGGACAAGCUUGCUGUACAUCAGAGAAUCCACACUGGGGAGAAACUUUCUGAAUGCAAGCAGUGUGGAAAGACAUUCACAAAUAAGUCCAGUCUUGUCAUACAUCAGAAAAUCCACACUGGGGAGAAACCUUAUGAAUGUAAGCAAUGUAGAAAGACAUUCAGUCGAAGCUCUAAUCUUGUUAUACAUCAGAGAAUUCACACUGGGGAAAAACCUUAUGAAUGCAACCAAUGUGGAAAGGCGUUCAGUAUGAGCUCCAGUCUUGCUGCACAUCAGAAAAUCCACACUGGGGAGAAACCUUAUGAAUGUAAGCAGUGUGGAAAGACAUUCAGUCGAAGCUCUAAUCUUGUUAUACAUCAGAGAAUCCACACUGGGGAGAAACCUUAUGAAUGCAACCAAUGUGGAAAGGCAUUCAGUAUGAGCUCCAGUUUUGCUGUACAUCAGAAAAUCCACACUGGGGAGAAACCUUAUGAAUGCAACCAAUGUGGAAAGACAUUCAGUAUGAGCUCCAGUCUUACUGCACAUCAGAGAAUCCACACUGGGGAGAAACCUUACGGAUGCAACCAAUGUGGAAAGGCAUUCAGUCAGAGCUCCAGUCUUGCUGUACAUCAGAAAAUCCACACUGGUGAGAAACCGUAUGAAUGUAAGCAAUGUGGAAAGACAUUCAGUCGCAACUCUAAUCUUGUUAUACAUCAGAGAAUCCACACUGGUGAGAAACCUUAUGAAUGCAACCAAUGUGGAAAGACAUUCAGUAUGAACUCCAGUCUUACUGUACAUCAGAAAAUCCACACUGGGGAGAAACCUUAUGAAUGCAACCAAUGUGGAAAGGCAUUCAGUAUGAGCUCCAGUCUUGCUAUACAUCAGAGAACCCACACUGGUGAGAAACCUUAUGAAUGCAAGCAAUGUGGAAAGGCAUUUAGUAUGAGCUCCAGUCUUGCUAUACAUCAGAGAACCCACACUGGUGAGAAACCUUAUGAAUGCAAACAGUGUGGAAAGACAUUCACAGUGUACUCCACUCUUGCUGUACAUCAGAGAAUCCACACUGGGGAGAAACCUUAUGAAUGCAACAAAUGUGGAAAGACAUUCAAUCGAAGUUCUAAUCUUGUUAUACAUCAGAGAAUCCACACUGGGGAGAAACCAUAUAAAUGCAACCGAUGUGGCAAGGCAUUCAGUAUGAGCUCCAGUCUUGCUGUACAUCAGAGAAUCCACACUGCUGAAAAACCUUAUGAAUGCAAGCAAUGUGGAAAGACAUUCACGGCGUACUCCACUCUUGCUGUACAUCAGAGAAUCCACACUGGGGAGAAACCUUAUGAAUGCAAACAUUGUGGAAAGACAUUCAGUCAGAGCUCUAAUCUUGUUAUACAUCAGAGAAUCCACACUGGGGAGAAACCUUAGGAAUUCAACCAGUGUCAGAGGCAUUCAGUAUGAACUCCAUCCUUGCUUACCAUCAGAGAAUCCACAUUGGGAAGAAACCUUAUGAAUGUGAGCAUUGUGGAAUGAUAUUUAGUCAGACCUCCCAUCUUGCUGUACAUCAGAGAAUCUACACUGGGGAGGAACCUUAAUAACAAAAACUAUGUGGAAAGAUGCUCACAUGCAGUUCCCAUAUUGAUACUGUGUAAAGGAAAAUUACCCCCCCCCCCCUUUUCUGGAGCAGCAAUGUGUAAUUAAAAAUCUCUUACCAUAAAAACUGAUUCCCAGCAUCCCACUCUCAUCCUGGCAUUAUGUGCUGACAUAUACAGUAUAAAAAUUUGGUGGAGCUUUGCCUCUUGCUCUCUUCUCUUCCAGUGAGGACAGCUGAGAACACAGGGAUUUUUGAGCAGGUAGAAAAACUUAGUCACAUGGUUCUAUUUUGUUAGAUAAUAAACUUUAAAAAACCAUGAUCAUUGAAGUAUUGGACAUUAAUUUAAAUCUUGUACAUUUUUUUAAAACCCUUUCCUUCCAUCUUGGAAUCAAUACUGUAUAUUGGUUCCAAGUCAGGAGAAUGGUAAGGGCUAGGCAAUGGAAGUUAAGUGACUUGCCCAGAGUCAUAUACCUGGGAAGUGUCUGAGGCCAGAUUUGAAACUAGGACCUCCAAUCUCUAGGCCUGGCUCUCAAUCCACUGAGCUACCCAGCUGCCCCGAAAUCUUUAGAAUUUUAAAACAAUCAGCAAAUGUAAUAUAUGUAAUAGGAUACAGGUAGUGAAUUAAAGAGUCUUUUUCUUCAACUCCAAUAGCUGCAGUUACAGAGACUUCUUCACUAUUUAGAGGGGAAUGAAUUGACACAGUUAGCAAUGGAGUCUGAAAAGCCAAAAAUUCACCUCUAGACUCUUUAAGGUUCAUUCCCCUUCCCAGUAUCAUCAUCUAUCUAGAUUCCUUUGGUCACACCUCUGGGACCUCCAAUAGUGAGGGAGAAUUCUUUUUUUCAAUCCAAGUCUUUAUUUUCUUUUUUAACAUUUUAGAAUUUUUAUUUAGAUAAUUUAGAAUAUUUUUCCAUGGUUACAAGACUCAUAUUCUUUCCUUCCCCUCCCCUCACCCCCUUCCUGUAUCUGAUGCACAAUUCCACUGGGUUUAACAUGUGUCAUUGAUUAAAACCCAUUUCCAUAUUAUUAAUAUUUGCACUAGGGUGAUCAUUUAGAGUAAGUUCAGAUUAGUCAGUCAUCCAGGGUUUAUGGAUGUCUACCUGCUCAGUAGGAGGGUCUGCGUCCUGAACAUGAAGGAGGGAAAGAAGGAGGUAUUUAAGAGAUAGGGAAAGUGAUAAUGGCCCAGGUAGAAUUCAAGCUAUGGGGAAGAAUUUGGAGACCUGAGGGAUAUUGGGAUCUAGGACCCUCAGAAAGGAAAGCUCAAAGAGUUUUAGGGACCAAGAGAACCUUGCCAGAAAGUAAGACCCUACCUGAGAAGACUGAAUCCAAGAGGUUGAGGUGAGCAUGGAGGACAUAUUCCAAACAGUGGAAACAAUGAAGGGAAAGACAAAGUUACAAGAUGGAGGGUCUUGACUAAGAAUGAUCCAGGAGGCCAGUAUCACUACAUCAGAGAUAGUAGAGGGGGAGUUCUUAUGGAUGAAACACCCAAUUUUGUAGAAGAAUCUCAGCCUAAGAAUGAGAGACUCAAAUUCCAUUCAAUUUGUAAGAAAAUUUCGUUUGAAGUAGUUUAUGAUUGUAUAAUAGCUGGUAGAAUAGUCUAGAGGCUAAUCAAGUAGCCUCAGGGUUAAUGAACAAGUCCAGGGUCUAGUAGAGUAGCCUCUUCAAAGCUGGUUGUGUAGAGUAGCAGCUCUGUUGUAUAGUGGUAAUUUCAUGUAUGGAGUAGCAGCCACAACUAUAGAAGAGCAUCUUCCCAGUUCUGUGGAUUAGGGAUGGCAUAUUUAUUAGGGCCAAGGACUUUGUCAUCUCCCAUUUCAGAGAAAUCUUCCCCUUAACUGAAAAACCUGAAAGGGGGUUAAGGCCAAAUUCAGAUGCAGGUGUGUUUUAGGUUGUGAUGUGUAAUGGGGUGGUUUGGGUUUUAUUUUUUAAAGGUUGGACUGGAUUAUUUAAAAUUAGGGUCACCAGGAAUUUAAUUACUUCCAGACAUUUUAUUUACAAUUUCUUUUCAAAAUAUAGAAAGAGUGAAGUAGGAAAUCAGAGAGAAUAGGGUAAGAUAUCUAGCCUAAGCUAUAAGUAUUUUGCUCCAAUACCUGGCUCAACCCAGGCAGGGGAGUUUAGUCCUUGGCCAGAGAGCCCUUGGCAUUUGAGCUGAGGACCUAGAGAUGCAGGGAGCCUCUUUCAAGAGGAUAGGCCUCUCCUAAGGCUAGUCUCUUCAGAAAAUCCAGGAAAGGAGUCAGUUCUUUUCACUCACCAUGUGUCAGUCCAAAGGGAGAGAUUCAAGAACAGUCUCACCAGGAAAAUUCUCAGGUUCAGUCAACAGAUUUUUCACCAGCCUCCAACUUGAACUCAAAACUGCAAAGAAGUCAGAAGUUCUACCAGAAGUCCCUCCCGGAAGUUGUAAUUCCCUUUUAAAGACACUUUCUUUUGCAUCACUUCCUGUGCCUUUCUCCACUUUUUAUGUCUACCAAUUACAGUUGAAGUUUUGAUUAGGAAUGCCCAGGGGGCAGUCAGUUUGAUUCAUCACCCACUAUCACACACAUGGGUCACUUAAUGAUUAAGUAGGAUGUUUACACUUUUGGUGAUUGAAUCUAAAAAUGGGGUUUAGUUAGUGGAAAUUAGCAUCAGGGUUAUCCUAUUUACCUUUUAACCUUUCUGUAUUAAAAUAAAUUGCUUCCCCAGUUACUGAGUGGUCUGUGUAUUGAUUUCAGACCAGCUUCUGUCCUGGUCAGAGUUAACUGUUGGCUUUCAACCCGCAGGGUAAUAUCUUGUUACUGGCAAGUCAGAUGGUCUGAACCUGAUAAAAUCAUAGGUUUUGUUAAAUUUAUUGUGGGUAUUGGGUUUCAGUUAAGACCUGAGGGAAACCCUAAAGCUUGUUGACAGUUCUAUGAAAGCCUAUUGGGAGGGAGUACCAACAGCUCAGAACUUUGUGCAGGCAGAUAGUGUAGAAUUCUGCUGCAGGAGCUGUCACUCAAGUCAGCAGCUGAAUGGAACUUUGGAUGUAGUUGUUUUGUUUUGUUUUUUUUCUCUCAGAUGCUGUAUUUUCAAAGUGGCUGGGAUUUGGUUUCCUGACUAUUCUUGUUUAACUGUUAUCAUAGUUAUGUGGAUAUUAAAGGUUCUUUAUACUAAUUUGUUGCUACUACUAUAUCUUCUCUUGGUUGUCAUCCCAGGAUGGUGCUAUGAGGUGUUAGUUUGGAAUGCUUUGAAACCUCUUAUGAAACUAACUUCACAAGAAGUAUGUUCUUAUAUACCAAUAGCAUUAUUGAUUGUUGGUUGCCUUUAUAAGUUCAAGUGAAUUUUUGUGGCUGUUGUAAACAAGAUCAAAGUUUUUGUGUCUAUACUGUUUAGGGAUCAGGAAUUGAAACAGUUGAAAUUGAAACAUAUUGUUACAAACUAAAGAACAUGGGAAAAUGUUAUUGUGCUGUGCUUAAUAAUACAAAUGUUAAUGUUAAUGCUACUGGUCAGCAAGCAGAGGGGGAUGUUGAAACAUCAAAAAGUCCCUCUAGGCUUGAAAGAGAAACUGAGAGAAUGCUUGAAAAUAUACACUGUAGUGCUUUUUUAAUGGAGAGUAUUGUUAUAAUAAAAGCUUCUGGUAACCAAAAAAAGGGAAACUGAGGCAUUAAACCCUAAACCUGUUUCUUUCUUUGCUUUACAGGAUAUAGCCUAUAUUACUCUGAAAAUAGUAAUGCUACAUUUAAGAACACAAUUUUCAUCUGCAGAUUUAGAUUCCAUAAAAGAAAGAAUGCCCUGUUUUAUUUAUUUUUUUUUAUGAACCCAUGGUUAAGGAGUUUAAGCACGCAAUUAAGACCUUUGACCCAGAUUUUGCAGAUUUCUCUCUCCUAAUGGAGGAGUUACUAAAUAGGAGAGAAAGGGAGCAGUUUGUAGAAGAGACACUUAGAAAUCCCGCAUUAACACCAUGGCCUGAAAUUUUUCAAGAAAUGGAAUUGAAUUCCAUAGAUACUUAUAGAUUUCUGGGACAAGCUAGGGAAUCUAUCUUAGAGGCUAAGAAGGCAAAAAGACGUGCUCAGUGGUCAAAAUUUGAGUGGAUAAGACAGGAGACUGGAAAGUCACCUGCAACAUUUUUGGAUAAAUUGAUAGAUGCUGCUGAAAUCCAAUUGGGACUUGAUAUUUUAGCAGAGGAAACUAUUGCUCAUAUAAGGAGAUUGCGAGAAAUGCAUGCAGCAUGGUGAAAAUUUUUUUAAGAACAAUUGUCCUGAUUGGGGAACAUUAAGUUUGGAAGAUCUAAAGAGGAAAGCUUGCUAUAUUUAUUUAGCUGAUAAAGAUAAAUAUGCAGAUGGAAAAGAUGGGGGUAAUUGAAGAUUUAAAGAAACAGUUGCAUGAGGCUAAUAAGAAAAUAAAAGACUGAAAUUAGGGAGGUAAAAGCAGUAGUUGCUCUAAGAUCUAUGGAGCCUAAAACUCAUUAUGUGACUAGGGAAAGAAGGCCAAAAGCUCCAAGAUGUUAUUUAUGCAAUCAAUUAGGACACUUUGUUAGGGAUUGUUGCUUUAGGGGGCAAUUCUCUAGACAAUUAAAUAGAAAUAAUGGAUUUAAUAAUGGCUGAAUACAAAAUUCUUUUGGAUGGAAUAAUAAUAAUGAUGAAAACAGAUAUUCACAGUAUCAAGGACAGUAAUGCUAAUGGUUGUCCUAAUGCUUGUUGUCAUGGAAUGCAAGCCCCUGACCUAACAACAAUGAAGGAUUGGAUAAAAUCUGGACCUGGGCCUAAGUUUAGCCAAGUAGCUGGUUACCAGAAGGGGGAUUGGAACAAGGGUGCCUGUUCAUUAUAAAGGUGUAUCCAGAGUUCUCAAGUGUUGGGUAAAUCAUUGCAAAAUGGGUUUAUGGUUAUGAAUAUUGGAUGUGAUGAGGAUAAUGUAAAUGAACCAGUGAAUAAUGUAAAUGAAACAAAAGGAAAUGUAAUUAAUGUUAGGAAAUGUGGGAAACAAGAAAAUUUUGAUGUAAUAAUGUCUGAGAAUUCUAAGGAUCAUGUAAUAAUGGAGAAUGUAAUAUGAAUAAAGAAAAUAUGAUUGUAAA